UAGACCAGGAAUACAUUCAUGUUCCCUGAGCUCCAGGAAAACCCAAGCACCCCCAUUUAUAAAAAGGUUUUACUAAAGAAAUACUAUUUUCGAACUCUUUUACACAAGAAGAGUCCUCACAGACCAAUAAUAAGAAAACAAUUAUACAAAAACUAUACGAUAUAGUCCAAUCUUACUGUUAUGAGUCGAGAAUGAGUACCACAGAAGACAACGGAAGCAAGUGCUCUUCGGCCCCGAUUUCCACCUUCACCAUUCAGUCGAUAUUGGGCAAGUCGUCGGAGAAGCCACGGUCCGGGGCGAAGGAGAGUUCCAAGGGACUGCAGCUGGCAAGGACGCGCUUGCUCUCGGUUUCUUCGGAAGAGGAGUGCAGCGGUGGGGAGGACUCUGCAGACUGUUUCUGCUCGGAUCCUGGUCACAGCGAGCCAUGCAACCAACAUCAACCACUUAAUUUUUCACGUUUAGGUGCAACCAAGGGACUUAUUUCAGGCCAUGACGGGAUUGCACGGCGACCGCACUUGACACAGCCUCUGCUGCAGGAUUACAAAGAGGAGCAAGAGAGACCAUGCAAUCCAAUGUCACCUAUUUCCGAGGAGAGACAGACAGACGGUGCGAACAAGCAGACUAACUCGUCCAAGAAGAAGACUCGUACCGUCUUCUCGCGGAGUCAGGUGUACCAGCUCGAGUCCACAUUUGAUAUGAAGAGGUAUUUGAGCAGCUCCGAGCGAGCCUGCUUGGCAUCAAGUCUACAGCUAACAGAAACUCAAGUGAAGACGUGGUUUCAGAACCGCAGAAACAAAUGGAAGCGACAACUGUCGGCGGAACUGGAGGCUGCGAAUAUGGCACACGCAUCCGCACAGACACUGGUCGGAAUGCCGCUUGUUUUUAGAGAUAGCUCCCUGCUCCGGGUACCAGUUCCAAGAUCUAUUGCUUUUCCAACGCCACUAUACUAUCCUGGCAGCAGCCUACAAGGGUUACCACUGUACAAUCUGUAUAACAAGAUUGAAUAUUGACUCAAUGUCUGUGAUGACAGUCCCAAAAAAAUAACACGUUAACACGCGACAGUACUUUCUUAUAAAUGUCUGCCAAACUCA